UGACGAAGAUGAUGACGAUGAUGACGAAGAUGAUGACGAUGAUGACGAAGCACCAAAGACAUCGUUGCGGUUCGAGGAGGUGAAACCUAAGAGUUUGUGUCUCAGGAGGAAAACAAGAACUUAAAAAUGUGUUUGUUUUUAAAAAUUUAAAACGUGUAAACCUGCUGCCAGCAGUAACAGACCACAGACCACAGACCUCCGUGGACACCUGGACCAGGUCUGAGUUCUACUGACAGAAGUCAAAACAACCAGAUCACGACCACAUCCUCCUUUAGAUUCACAGGGUUUGAAAAGUCGGCUUGAUUUGGGUUUCUGUCCAAACCAACCUCUCCUGGAGGAACAGAACCUGACUGUGGAAUCAAAACACUGGCUUAGUUCUGACCGGGUUCUGGGCGACUGUUGGCUGGUCCGGUUCUGGUCCUGGUCCCACCACAAAGGCUCUCACUGUCACUGUUUAUCAGUGCAGUCACACAACACUGGAAAAGUCAGGACUGGACUGGUUCUGGUACCUGGUUCAGGUUCUGUUCUGAUCAGAUAUAUAUCUCCUGCCCCUCCCCCACCCAUCACCUCCACCUGACAGGAGGUUUUUUCAGUGUCCAUAUUUAAAGACCACUGCACCACAGCAAACCCAGGAGGCUGCACCAGCAGCUGCUCCCUCCUCCCCCUCCUCUCUCUCCUCCCUCUCUCUCUCUCUCUCUCUGUCCCCACAGACUGUGCUGCUGCUGCUGCUGAUCACAGUGUGAUGAUCAAUAAUCAGCAUUGAUCACAGUGAUCAGCUGAGGAUGAAGCUCCUCUGCACUUCUCUGCUGCUCUUCUUCCUCACAUCAGGCUGCUCGGCUGCUCACGGACGUUUCGCCCAGAAGCUGCUCAGAGACCUGUUCUCCAACUACACCAACGCUCUGAGGCCGGUGGAGGACACCGUCCACAUCAUCAACGUCACACUUCAGAUCACUCUGUCUCAGAUCAUCGACAUGGACGAACGGAACCAGAUUCUGACGACGUACCUGUGGAUACGGCAGGUGUGGAUGGACGCCUACCUCACCUGGAGGAAGGAGGACUACGACGGUCUGGACACCAUCCGUAUACCCAGCAGCUACGUCUGGAGACCGGACAUCGUCCUUUACAACAGUGCAGACGACCAGUUCUCCAGCUCCAUGGAGACCAACGUGGUUCUCCAGAGUGACGGUCAGGUCACGUGGGACCAGCCGGCCAUCACCAAGAGCUCCUGCUCCGUGGACGUGGCUUUCUUUCCCUUCGACCUGCAGCAGUGUGCCCUGACCUUCGGCUCCUGGACUCACAAUGGAAACCAGAUGGAUUUGUUCAACGCCCUGGACAGUGCGGACCUGUCCGACUUCGUGGCCAACGUGGAGUGGGAGGUCCUGGGGAUGCCUGCCAAGAAAAACGUCAUCCUGUACGGCUGCUGCUCGGAUCCGUACCCGGACAUCACCUUCACUCUGCACCUGAAGAGACGCGCCUCCUUCUACAUCUUCAACCUCCUCGUCCCCUGCAUGAUGAUCUCCUUUCUGGCUCCUCUGGGCUUUUACCUGCCGGCCGACUCGGGUGAGAAAGUCUCCCUGGGGGUGACGGUGCUGUUGGCCCUGACUGUGUUCCAGCUGCUGGUGGCCGAGAGCAUGCCGCCGUCGGAGAGCGUCCCUCUCAUAGGGAAGUACUACAUCGCCACCAUGACCAUGGUCACCGCGUCCACGGCUCUGACCAUCUUCAUCAUGAACGUCCACCACUGUGGUGCUGAGGCUCGACCCGUCCCCCCGUGGGCGGAGCGGGUCAUCCUCAAUCACCUCGCCCGCUUCUGUUUGGUGUACGAGGUCGGAAACGUCCAGGAGGCGGAGUCUGAAGGACCCCCGCUCCAGGGGGGCAGAUCCAGAGAGGGCAAACGGGAUGUGAAUGGACGGGCCUGUGGGGGUGACGUAGAGGGGGGAGACGACCGGUCGGUGCAGUCUGCAAAAGCCGUCGGGAGCACGAGUGAGCGCACGGACUGGACGGAUGACCUGUUUGUGACCGUCGAUCACUCCGAACAUGGAGGAGCUGAAGGUCAAAGAGAAGAGCACGUGCAGCAGGACGGUGUGGGGGGGGGCGGGGCAUCAAGGGAGAUGGUGGUGAAGUGCCAGUGUGUCUGUCAGCUCCAGGGUCUCCGCAGGGACGUGGACUACAUAGCCAACGCAUACCAGGACCAGAGGACGGCACAGCUGCGCAUCGGAGAAUGGAGAAGAGUGGCCAAGGUCAUGGAUCGGUUCUUCAUGUGGCUGUUCUUCAUCAUGGUCUUCUUUAUGAGCGUUCUCAUCUUAGGAAAAGCCAUCUGAAGAGAAGUCGCCACAAGGUCCACUGAUGAAGCCCUGAGGGUCAGAGGUCAGCUGAGACAAAGACAGGUCUGUCCCACUUUGGUCCUGGUGUUGGACCAUCUAAAACCACUUCACAACCCAACUGCCCCAC